GGGCCUCGUUAUAAACGGUCUCCAAAUCCACUUUUUUGAUCGCCUAAAUUUUCUCUGUCUUUCAAUAUAUAUAUUUAUCAACCCUAAAACAAUCUACACUAUCAUCAUCAUGAGUUACUACAAUCAACCUCCAGUCGGUGUUCCCCCUCCUCAAGGUUAUCCUCAAGAUGGUGGAUAUGCAAAAGAUGGUUAUCCGCCGCCUGGAUAUCCUCCUCAAGGUUACCCUCCGGCGGCGGCAGGGUAUCCUCAAGGCGGUUAUCCUCCGCAAGGGUAUCCUCCGCAGUACCCUCCACAAUACGGCGCUCCUCCUCCUCAACAACAACAACAACAGAGCGGCGGCGGUGGUUGUCUUGAAGGCUGCAUGGCUGCAUUGUGCUGUUGCUGCCUCUUGGAUGCCUGCUUUUGAAAUUUGAUUCGGAGAGAACUUUUAUUUAGAGAUAUGUUUGUUUCUUCUUCAACAUGUACUCAAAUUUCCUAUUAUUUUUAUGAAAUUAUUGAAACCUGACAAUAUUAUUAUCAUAUGCAAUUAUUAUUGUUUAUUGUUUUUGUUCUCUUCUU